UUGCAGCUCAAGCGAAGCAAUUGGCUAAUUAACAUUUGGAAUUUAGCAUUUGCCACAAAGCGAGCAGCAUUGUGGCAAACCUGUUGCUGCCGCAGCUGUUGACACUCUCGAAACGGAUAACCAACAGAGCCAAAAAGCCAUUCUAUAAGAUGCUGUAAGGUGUUCGGAGGCAUAAAACCCAUGGCCAUGCAGGAUAUACGACUACGUCUCGAGCCGCAACAUAAUACAGCCGCGUUCUCCAACUCGCCAGCAGCAGCAGCCGCAUCCAACGCGGAGACAACGCUCAUCGAGACUGGCGAAACGACAGGCUCAGCAACAGGCUCGCCCACAGCUCGACCCCUGCCCCAACUGCUGCCCGAGCUAAGUUUCAGCCCACCCACAACGGGCGGCACAGGCCCAACACAGCAGCAUUUCUAUCAUCAACAUCAACAUCAUCAUCAUCAGCAUUCGCAUUCGCAUCCGCAUUCGCAUCCGCAUCCGGUGCAGCCGCGUGCCUCGCCGCGGCAUCACGUGGAGCAGCUGCAGCUGCUGCACAGCAGCCAUCACGCACACAGCCACAACAAUGGCCAGGAGCAGCAAGUGCCACGUUCGCCCAGCUCCGAGGAGGACAAUUCCCCAACUGAAAUGAAUAAUUGUCGCCGUUUGGUUGAUAAACCGCCGCUGGUAAAACGCCUCACCAUGGGCAUUGGACUGCUGCGUGGCACCGAGGAUAGCCGCCCGCUGGUGCACAACACCUGCUCCUCCUCGCUCAACUCGGGCUCAUCGCAGACCAUUUCGGAUGGCUAUGUGAACGAGGCCAUCUGCGAGCCGGAUAAAUAUGUGGCCAGCAAAUUCGGUGACUCCUGUCGGCAAUCGCUGACGGCUCUGGAAACGGCCACCCAACGUUUACAGUCGGAGCUGCCCAACAGCAAGAAAUAUUUGCGUGAGACAUGCAGCGCCAACUCCAGUCCGAAGCUGUUUGCGGCGAAUUCACCAUUGCGCCUGGACAACCUGAGCCUGGCCGAGCAGCAGGAGCUGAAAGGCGCCGCCUGGUACCAGGCGGGCAUACCCAGAGAGAUCUCACUGGAGGUGCUCUCCCGCCAGAGUCCGGGCGCCUUUCUGGUCCGCCAGAGCAGCACCAAGCCCGGCUGCUUUGCCCUGUCGCUGCGCGUGCCGCCGCCCUCGCCGCGCGUCGCCCACUAUUUGAUACUCCGCACGCAGCGCGGCUACAAGAUUAAGGGCUUCACCAAGGAGUUCAGCUCGUUGCGGGCCCUGAUAACGCAUCAUUCCGUGAUGCCGGAGUUGUUGCCGGUGCCGCUGACCCUGCCACGCCCCGCGCACAUUCGCGCCCAGACGCAGGCCUACGGUAAUGGGAGCGGGAACGGGAACGGGAACGGGAACGGAGGCGACUUUGAGAUGUACGGCUCGCUAAAUGAUUUUCGCAAAAUGAUGGCCGAUUUGAAUGUGUGAUCGGACGGGGUUGCGGGAUUGCGGGCGCAUCUAAUUAAUUAAGUAAUUAUGUGACGUUGAUUGAAUUAAGCGCGCGCGCGCACACAUGUUGUCUGGAGCCGGGCCUGUCAGGAGGCGGGUCUGCUGCGGCCCGUAGUCCUGUCUGGACAGGAUAACAAUCUGUUUAAUUUGCUUAAUUGGCUGUGCUGGCGGUUGACGUGGCGACCAAACGCAAAAAUCCACCAGAAUCCAACACACAAACACAAGAAAGAACGGCACACCGAAGAUUAAAUACUCUGCUGCAGCUAUUUGACGAGAAUUGUGAAGCCCCUUA